AUGGAAGACAUCAAAUAUGCUGAAACAAUAAAAAAUAUGGAAACAAUAAUAGAAGAACUGAAAGCUGAAUUGGCGGAGAAAGAUAAGAAAGUGGCGGAGAAAACUGAGAAGAUAGAAAUCCUAAUUACCAAUAUAUAUCAGGAGAGAGAGAUUGCAGCAAAGGAUGUCGAGAAGUUGCAUGGAGAGGUCAUUGGAGAAGAAAAAGUUCUUAAAGACGUGGAGGAUUUCAAGGAUAAAACUAAUAGACGUCUUGAAUGGAUAAGAGAAAAAUUUAGACAGAAAAACGAUAAUUUGAAGUAUGACUGCAAUAAAAAAAAGAAUGAUUGGAACGAGAAGAAAUAUGAAUUGAUGAUUAGAAACACUCAGCUUGUGGUCCAACUUGAUGAAAAAGAUGCUGCAAUAAUGGUUUUGAAGGGAGAACUAGAGACAAUUCGAGAGAAUUUCAAAAGAGAGGAGGAAGCCAAAGAGCAGCUAGCCGAAAAGAAUGCUGAACUGGAAACCGAGAAAAAAAAACAACUGAAUGAGGCUGAAAACGAAAGGAAAGGUUUUCAAGAACAGAUUGGAAAUCUUCAAAAAGAUUGUCAGCGCCUCGAGAAGGAGAAAACUGAUCUUGCAACCAGCAAGAGGCCACUCGACAUCGAGAAGCUGAAGAGAUUGGAGUUCCUCGAGAAGCAGAAAAAGCAGAUGAUGGAAUACAGAAGAAAAUAUGAAUUGGAGCGAGCUGAGGACAAGAAAAAGACUGCUUUCUUGGAACAAGAGAACUUCAAGCUCAAAGCAGAGCUCCAAAGUAAAAAUGAGGAAAACAAGACUCUCCACGGCCGCCUUGAGAACAAAAUACCGAUAUCGAGCUGUGAACCAAAUGAGUCCGUUCGAAUCGGAAUCUUGCAAAAGAGAAUAAAGUUGCUGGAGAAGGAGAUGCGAGAGAGGGAAGAAAAAGAAGAAGAACUUGGAUGGGACAACGAUGCGGAUUAUGAGGAAGAUAAAGACUUAGAGAAAGAGAAGGAGGAAAUUCGUUGCGAUAAAGAAGCAUUGAAUGUUGAGAAGAAAAGAAUGAAAGAAGAAAAAGAGGAAUUGAUACAGAAGAAAGUGCAAUUUGAGAAAGAUGCCAAAACCUUCCAGCGUCAGAAGCAAGAGUUUCAAAAAGACAAGGAAAUUCACCAGGAAGCCAAAAAAGAGUUCGAUCACAAAAAGCACGAGUUCUUGAAAGAGAGAAAGGAUUUUCAAGAUUCUCUGGAAGAGCGCUUAAGGGACGAGUACGCUGCUGUUUUCAAUGGAAACAAGCACAAGAUGGAUCUCAUCAACUCUCUCGCGAAAGACAUCGUCAAGGUCACUCAACACGGCCAUCCUGAGGUUAAUAAGUUCGGGCUUCAAAUACUGAAGAAAGGUAAUGAAGAGGCUGACGACAGGCACCCCGAGGUUUCUGAUCUGAUCAGUUACCUUGAGAACCAGGAGACUCAUACUUCAAAAAAGAGAACAGCAGAGAAAUCAGAGGAGGAGCCGUUCAAGAAGAAGAAAGAGUAG